GCUGAUGCACAAAAUUUGGACUUUUAGCCUACUUUACUGUGAAGAAAUAAAUUUCUCUUUGUUAAAGCCAUCCACUUGUGGUAUUUCUGUUUAGAGAAGCACUAGAUGACUAAGACAAUGGGUAUGGGUGGAGUGGUAAAUGUAUGUGUCUUGUAUAUCAGACACAAGUAUUACCAGUAUUAAGAAAGCUGUAUCUCCCAUCGUAAAAUAAGAAAUUGGCCUUCUACUUUAUCAGUCAUCCCCCUGAGGCUCACCCACCCCGGCUGUACUGAAUAAAUUGAACACUUGGAUCCACAAAAUCGAGAACCAGAUCUUCCGACAGGGAAAACAAGUUUGGCCUUGAUCCUUGAUUGCUGUGAAAUAACCCUGGGAGUAACUGAGAUGCCUUUAUCUGAAACCUCCAGACCAUACCUAAAGAUUUAUGCUAACGACUGGGAGCUGGCCAGAGUAGAAAAGACUCACCUGGUAGGCCAAUGUCAACUAACUCAGGAGACAAGAUGUAGCCUAUCACACUUGUGCAAUGACGGCUCAAUCAUCAGGGGCUGAUUGAAAGCUCUGAACACAGAAGGUCUCAAAGCUUCCUGGUUGUGAAGGGAGGUGACACGCCCUCUUUGGGACAUGGAAGCUUUGCCUUGGGAGCCCUCCCAGACCUCACCCAUCCAUCUCUUCCUUAUGAUGAUCCUGAUUUGUAUCUUUUUACUGUAAUAAAUCUGUAGUCUUAACUAGAGUGUUUUCUGUGAGUUCUGUGAGUCCUUCCAGUGAAUUAUCAAACCCAAAGGAGGAGUGGGAGCCAGCAGGUGAAAGUGAGGGUUCCCAGGGGAGGCCCCCGAGCUAGUGGCUGGCAUCCUAACAGGGUAGUGGGAAAACCCUGAAUCUUUGGCCAUCAAGUCAGAAGUUUGGAGUGUCAUGUGGACUCCCCAAACUUGCAGCUGGCCUCUGCCUAUUUGGCACUCUGCAGGACAGUGUCCUUUUAACUUGUGAGAUCUGCUCUAGCUGUGGGUGGCUAGGGUCAGAGAAGGUGCCAUGUGGGCGGCUGGUGUCAGAGAUUAUGAAGUGGGAAAGUGGGGAUCAGAUUUAUGCUGGUUCUUAUCCAUGAAGGUCCCAACAAGGCAAAACCACCCUGAAAGGCUGCCUGAGACAAGUGUCUUCCUUCCCUAACAUCUUUCUUGCUACCUGUCAGUAUCCAUCUCUGCAAGGGACACAGCAUAUGGGCUUUGUAGUCAGGAAUAGCUGAGUCCAAAUCCCAGUUUGCAAUCUGGCUGUACUAUUUCCUGGCAUGAGACUUUGGGAAAGUCACUUCCCUUCUCUGAGUCUACUUCUAUUUCUCAAAAAUAGGGAUUGCAAUACUUACCACACAGGAUGAAACUUAUGCUUUACGUGUAAAAAUGAAACAGGUUUCCUAAAAACACUUGUGUUGUUGUUGUUAGGUGCCAUCAAGUUGGUUCCGACUCAUAGCGACCCCGUGUACAACAGAACGAAACACUGCCCGGUCCUGCGCCAUCCUCACAAUCGAUGUUACACUUGAGCCUACUUGGAAUGAGGAGUAUUCCCAAAUCAGCAUAAUGACAAAGAUUCAUCUGAAGAAAAUCUUGGAAAAUGUAUACAAGUCAUGAAAACAUUGGGUAUGAGUUUGAAGAUGACCCCAAGGAUAAGAAGACACUUAAACCCCACCCAGACAUUGACGGCGGAUGGGCCUGGGUGAUUGUCCUUUCCUCCUUCUUUGUGCACAUCCUCAUCAUGGGCUCCCAGAUGGCCCUAGGGGUGCUCAACGUGGAGUGGCUUGAAGAAUUCCACCAGAGCCGCGGCCUCACGGCCUGGGUCAGCUCCCUCAGUAUGGGCAUCACCUUGAUUGUGGGGCCGUUCAUUGGCUUGUUCAUCAACACGUGUGGGUGCCGCUGGACCGCGUUCGUCGGCGGCGUGAUAAACGCCCUUGGCUGGGUGCUGAGUGCCUACGCCGCAAGCGUGCACUGUCUCUUCAUUACAUUCGGCGUGGCGGCUGGCUUCGGGAGCGGGAUGGCCUACCUCCCAGCGGUGGUCAUGGUGGGCAGGUAUUUCCAGAAGCGUCGCGCCCUGGCGCAGGGCCUCAGCACUACAGGGACGGGGUUUGGAGCCUUCCUAAUGACCCCUCUGCUGAAAUACCUCUGCACCGAGUAUGGUUGGCGGAACGCAAUGUUCAUCCAAGGCGCUGUUUCCUUAAACCUGUGUGUUUGUGGGGCUCUCCUGAGGCCACUUACUUUCAGGAAGGAUAGAACUGACCCAGCAGAGAAAUGUCCACCAGUCGUCCCGGCUUGCUCCACCGAGUCUGUGAAAUCAAAUGGACACAUGGGCGGAGCCGAAGAGAAGGAUGGUGCAUCAGCCAACGAGGAGACCCUUUGUGACCUGCACGCCCAGGAGUGCAAAGACCAGGCCCAGCCCAGGAAGAACACGUGUGCUCUUCGGGCCCUCGAGACUCUGAGCCAGCUCAGCAGGAGGGUCAAGAAGGGCUUCAGGGACUGGUACUCGGGCUACUUUGGGACAGCCUCGCUCUUCACCAACCGAAUGUUUGUAGCCUUUAUUUUCUGGGCUUUGCUUGCCUACAGCAGCUUUGUCAUUGCUUUCAUCCACCUCCCUGAAAUAGUCAACCUGUAUAAUUUGUCGGAGCAGAACGACAUUUUUCCUCUGACUUCGAUUAUAGCAAUCGUUCACAUCUUUGGGAAAGUGGUCCUGGGGGUCGUGGCUGACCUACCAUGCGUCAGCGUUUGGAAUGUCUUCCUGAUGGCCAACUUCGCUCUCGUCAUCAGCAUUUUCAUCCUGCCUUUGAUGCACACGUAUGCUGGCUUGGCAGUCGUCUGCGCUCUGAUAGGAUUUUCCAGUGGUUAUUUCUCCCUCAUGCCUGUAGUGACUGAAGACUUGGUUGGGAUCAAGCACCUGGCCAAUGCGUAUGGCAUCAUUAUCUGUGCCAAUGGCAUCUCUGCAUUGCUGGGACCACCUUUUGCAGGGUGGAUCUACGACAUCACACAAAAAUACGAUUUUUCCUUCUAUAUGUGUGGUUUACUUUAUAUGGUAGGAAUAGUCUUCUUACUCAUUCAACUGUGUAUUCGGAUUAUAGCACAAUCCAGAAAAAAAUACGUGGAUGGUACACGUGUUUAGUACUAUGUAACGUUUCAAGUAAGAGUUCUUUGUGAUACUAAUGCCUACCUCACGUGGCCGGGUGAGAAGCCUAUGGCAUAGCACGGGACAGGACUUUAUACAGUUCCUGGCACUGUCGUUUGUCAAUCACAUCACCACCGCUCUGUUCUGAAAGCAGGACUGCCUUUCUGUUUGAGGAGAAGCAAGGCUGGAAGGUAUUGUUUAAAGACUACAUACAUCUAGGGACAACAGUGUUCUUCUAAGACAGCCCACUAAAUAAUUUGUGCAAAUGCCCUUAUAAAAACUAUUAUCUCUUGCCACCUACUGGGACUAGGGUUUUUGAUACGGCUUUUAAAACAAAAGACAGGAAGUAAAAGCUUUUCAACCCAACUACUUCUUUGUAAGGUGGAAAUAAGUAUCUGUAUGCUUCUGGAAAACAUGCAGAUAGAUGGUUUUAAGCACAAGAAUAUGACUAGAUUUCAGAAGUUAAUUGCUACAGGGAGCUAUUGAUCCACCAGUGUAAUACAAAGGCAGGCUCUAAUUUCAAAGGUAAAAUUAUUUAGUGUAAUUAGAGAACCACCAUUUAUAUUUUUUAUGGAAGAAUUCUGCAGCGAGGGAACACCAUUUAUGAAUCCUUCCCCUACGAAAAGACAUUGGCCAUUAAUCCUAAUUCAGUAUUAUCCUGUUAGAGACUGAAUCUUGAGACACAACCUUAAUAAAUAAAUAAGACUAAUGAGUUCCUUAAUGAAAGCCAUAUUUGUGCACACAACCACUGAAUCGAGGGCUAUGAGCCAAGUACUUUUACUCAUAUCAUUGGUCCCUGUCUUAGAAUAUAAGCAUGAUUUCAGGGCCUCUAAACUUUUUUUUUGUUCUGAAUUUCUCCUGCCCAAUAAGUAAAAUAGAGAACUAAUUACUGGUUAGCAUAUCAAGUUGGUGGCUAAGUCAUUUGUAAAGCAUGUCACCAAUCCAAACUGUAUUGCGAGACCAUCAUGUGGUGACGCUAAGCGGCAGAAUUCCCUUGGAAUAGAUGUCUGCUCUGAAGUAGUGGUAACAAUAGCCCUCCUCCACGCCUCUUGUUGUUAAACAGAGUUCAUUGGCCUGAGCUGCACCCACUUUUUAAAACCAGUUCUCUUGACUGAGUUUCUACAGAAGAUAACUGUGAUCCGUGACAUCAACGAAUGCGCUUCCUUUAUCUGAGAUGUCUAUUUUUCUAAGCCAAACAUGUUUCAGGUUGCAGAAUGUUCUUCAUAGGGGCAUCCUGAAAUUUCUGGUUGCCUUACUGGUUUACCGAGCCCCGGUGGCGCGGUGGUUAAGAGCUCGGCUGCUAACCAAAAGGUCAGCAGUUGGAAUCCACCAGCCACUCCUUGGAAACCCUGUGGGGCAGUUCUAAUCUGUCCUAUAGGGUCUCUGUGAGUCGAAAUUGACUCGACAGCAAUGAGUUUUUACUUGUUUACACGAAUUCUAGAACUGUCUAAAUUUCUACUUGCAAUUUUCCCAUCACAAAAACAUCCUUGAAUAUCAUGGCCAGUUUCUUGGGUCAAAUUUAUCUGAAGUGAAUACAGCCCAUUCUCAGUUAUCCUUGGUAAUUAGAGGCAGGAACGCCAUUAGAAAUUGGGGUCACAGAAUGUUACCCCAAGCUGAGUUUUAGCAAGCAGUUUCGUCUUUGACUCCACCAAGCACUUCAGAGCUGUUAACAAGUGAUUCAAUGGACAAGUAGCCUUUCUGUCUCAUCUCCAUUAUUUCCCGCUCCACUGUCUUGUGGAAGGGAUUGUGUAAUUAAAGGACCACCAAAAAAAUAACAAUAAUAAAAGGCAGCUCAUGGAAGGGCGAAACAAAGGCAUGGCUAAUAUAUAUACACUUGAUAUACCUCCAAUGACUCGAGAAUUGCCUGUAAAUUGUUCUAGAUAACACAGUGCAUGCUAUACUCCAUUUGGCUGCUGUUAAAUAAUCCAGCUUUCUAUUUUCAUAAAGGUAAUCUAAAACGCUGAGGCAAUGCUAUACAUAUAAAUGUAAAUAUAUAUAUUCACUAUAGAAUUAGAAUGAUUAGAUUGUCGUGUGUUUUGAUACCGACGACAUGACUUCAUUACUUCCAUUUUCAGACAACACGAAAUCAAUAAGAGAUGGAUGGUGUUCACUAUUUUGAAUGGUGCUGUAGCCAGCGCAUUCUGAUGCUAGCACAGCUGGUUGUACGUCCAAAGUAUGAACUUCUUAAUCCAAUGGCCUGGCUUUACAUCCAAGUUAGACUUGUUCGUGUUCAAUUUGUGCAGUUGUUUGUUGACUUACUGUGUUUAUAUGGAAAUGGGGAUUUCUACUAAAUCAGUCAAAGUUCCCAUUUUACAAAAAUAGAACUGAACGUCGCUUACAGUAUUCGUGUUGACAACAGACGAUGAAGAAUGCUAUAAAGAGUUACAGCAAAUAUGUUAAUAUUUCCUGUUUAAAAUGUUAUUAUUUACAGUUCUUUGGCGAUAUUAUAAAGGGUUAAUUGUAUAUUUAUAUCAUAUGUGCUUUAUAGUUGCCCCCUCAUAUAUCCAAGUGGUUUUUAUUUACAUACACCUGAAUAAAUUUAUAAGUAGGAAUCAACUUGACAGCAAUGGGUUUAAAUAAAUUUUGUUCUCUUUAAAGAUGCUCUGUGAUUUUUUUUUAUAAAAUAUUUAUUUUCUUGGCCUUAAGGGGAACACUCCUAAAAUGUAGCUAAUGUUUAUCUGUCUGUUUUUUUUCCCCUGGGUGAUUGUUAA